GUCGACGGCAAUAUUUCUUGCAGUAAUUACAAAACAGGCAAGUCUUUUGAUCAACAAAUAUCGCAUCUGCUGUCUGCUACCUUUGAGACUCUGCUUGUGACACCUGAAUUUGUCUCGAAGUCCUGGAAACACAACCAACAGAUUUGAGGAAGGUGAUACCCAGGUUUGUGUAUCGUACUGUGCUGGCAUUCCUUUGUCACACGUGCUGGGAGUUACUUACCUCCCUUGCUUGCUCUCUUCGACAACCCUUUGUUACGACCACAUACCAUUUAUUCCAUCUUUCAUUGAUCUGCGCAACUAGAUACCUCGCCCUCAUCGAAUUCAGAAACGACUAUUCUUCAACAAGGCAUUACACACUUGCAGCAAUGUUUCAAACACUCAAAGAUCGUAGUUCGUUCGGAGGCUACAUUCGAUUCGCCAUUCGCAUCUUGCAGUUCAUCCUCGGCAUUACUGUUAUUGGACUCUAUGCUGUUGAUAUCGCUAGAGCGUAUGAACAUCACGUCAGCCGCGAUCCUAAGUGGACGUUUGCAGUCGUCGUGGGCGCCAUGUCUGCGAUUUCUGUAUUCUUCUUUUUGGCAAGAUACAGUUUGCGUUUCUUCUGGGAUGGAUUGAUGCUUAUACUAUGGGCUAUCGUAUUUGGCAUCUUUGGCAAAAUUUAUAUCCCUGCCCACCCUACACCUCACCAAUCCGGUCAGAUACGUAUGAAGAAUGCAGUUUGGGUGGACCUGGCGAAUAUGCUUCUGUGGUUCAUAACUUUCGUCUGGGACUUGGUGUUGCAUUUCACCCGCAUGGACAAAUUGACUCUCCACACCGGCAGAGCAACAGUCUAGGGAACUGGCUUUUCAGAUCACAGAUGGAUACCCGCUGAUCUGGAGCUCAAGUACGUGCAAAAGCUACCACAAGAAGCGUGGC